AUGCCCCCAAUAUGUCCUCUUCAAAUAGUCCCCGAUAGUCGAAUUGCGUCCGGAAAAACAGACAGAAAUGGCCGAUUUGCGUUGACGGGAUCGGUUUCCGGAUGGAUUUUCGAUCCAAUUCCAUACAUCAAAUUCACCACCGAUUGUCAAAUUAUUUCCGGUGUCAGCUGCCCGAAAACCACAAAAUUCAAAGUUCCAUUCGAAUCCGAUGAAACGCAUAUUAAGUAUUCGAUCGGAAGUGUCAAUGUGAAGCAAUUUGUGAGGAGAGGCGCGUGCAAAUCGAAAUUCGAUGAAUAA